UGGCGUACAACAAAUAGAUCAAGCCUCAUUGUUCGUUCCUCCCAAAACGCUCCGCCACCUUUUUUUUUUUUUAUUUAUUUAUUUAUUUUUGGAAUGACACAGGCAAAGGAAACCUUGCCACGUCGUAUUAGAGCGCCGCAAAGAAAUUUUGGCAAAAAAAAAUUAAAUUAUACGCACGAAAUUCCCCUUUUUUUUCUUUAUAUAAUCUAACUCCUCAAUGUAUAAUUUGCAACAGAGAGUGAACAAUGUAUUUUCAUUUGCGGUGUCUGUCAUUGGUACAGUAUUGGCGGUCAUUGCCUUGAUUUCUGCCAUCACCGGUUAUGGAUCCGUCACCAACAGCAUCUCUGUCCAUCCAGACAAUGUCAAAAUUGUCACGCGUAGAUAUGGACCCGAAAAUACAGAUUACAGAAACAGUAAAAGUGAAUUUGCCAGAUUAUCCUUUGAUGUCGAUGCUGAUUUCACACCCAUGUUUAAUUGGAACACAAAGCAAGUGUUUGUUACUGUUGUAGCAGAAUAUCAAUCCAAAAACUUUGAUAGAAACUCAGUUGUCAUUUGGGAUAAGAUUGUGACAAGUAAGGAUAAGGCUCAUUUAAAGUUACGUAAUGUUCGCAACAAAUAUGCCUUGAUUGAUGUCAGUCAACAGUGGAACUAUGAGAAGGCAAACUUGACAUUGCAUUGGGAUGUGACACCUUAUGUAGGUAUCCUUCAAGCCGGUCAAUCAUUUACCAGCACUGGAUUUAUCUUGCCUCCCUUUUCUGCCCAGUGAAACCCCUCAUCAUUAAAAAAAAAGUUUUACAUCCCUCACUUGAAACAGCUAUUUUUUUUUUAG